CUAAACUGACCAAUCAGUGCUAAAAUCUGUCUACCACGUGACUAUUCGCGAGCAUUGGGAAGCGUCCAUAGGCGGGGACAAUAGUGGGCCUGGCUCGUGCGUUUGGUUGUGUAGACUCUGAGUAGCUGUUUUGGACUGGACUGAUUUUCACCACACCUUAUUUUUUGGACGGCUUCAUACACAGAUGUUACAUCAUAUUCCACUGGAUAUGUACAUGGAAUAGUUUAGGAUCCAACUCAUAUUUGUUUCUUUCUUCAUGGAUGGCAUGGCUUUUGAAGAAACGUGAUUUUUCAUAAGUGUUUGCAAACUCGUGGGAAAUACUAAGAAAAGUUACUGUUCAAGUGAAGUUUCAUUCCAAAGAUGGAUCAGCAGGCAGCUGGAGGGGAGGACCCAAAUAAACCCUCCAAAAAGAAAUCCAGUGAGGAUGAGAGCAAAAACAAAAAACUGAACAUACACAUAAAAACAUUGGCUGAUGACAUGCGUGACAGAAUCACCAGUUUUCGAAAGCAAGGCAUGAAGAAGGAGAAGCCUCUUAUCCAGCACCCCACAGACCCUAUCUCUACCCAGACCGAGCUGCCUGUGCCCCAGCCAUUCUUCGACGAGCGUUCCAUGAAUCUGUCAGAGAAAGAGAUUGUGGACUUGUUUGAGAAGAUGAUGGAGGACAUGAACCUGAACGAAGAGCGCAAGGCCCCCCUGCGAGGAAAGGACCUGAGCACUAAACGGGAGAUGGUGGUCCAGUACAUUUCGGCAACAGCCAAAUCUAUAACUGGGAGCAAAGUUGCGGGUGGACUGAGGAACAGCAAGCAUGAGUGUACGCUCUCAUCACAGGAGUAUGUGCACGAGCUGCGCUCGGGCAUCUCUGAAGACAAACUGCUCAACUGCCUGGAGUCCCUGCGUGUGUCCUUGACCAGCAACCCCGUCAGCUGGGUGAAUAACUUUGGCCAUGAAGGUCUCGGACUGCUUUUGGAUGUGCUGGAGAGGCUUCUUGACAAGAAACAGCAAGAGAACAUUGACAAGAAGAACCAGCAUAAACUCAUUCAGUGCCUCAAGGCCUUCAUGAACAAUAAGUAUGGCCUCCAACGGAUCUUGGGGGACGAACGAAGCCUCCUCCUCCUCGCAAGGGCUAUCGAUCCCAAGCAGACUAAUAUGAUGACUGAGAUUGUCAAGAUUCUGUCAGCUGUUUGUAUCAUCGGAGAGGAGAACAUUUUGGAUAAGAUCCUGGCAGCUAUGACCAUUGCUGCAGAGAGGAAUAAUAAGGAGAGAUUUGCUCCGAUAGUGGAGGGGCUGGAGAACCACGAAGCCCAGCAGCUACAGGUGGCCUGCAUGCAGCUGAUCAAUGCCCUCGUUACAUCGCCAGAUGAUUUAGACUUCAGGAUACACUUACGAAAUGAGUUUCUACGCUGCGGCCUCAAGAAGAUCCUACCAGAGCUGAAGGAGACGGAAGAGCUCGACAUUCAGCUGAAGGUGUUUAAUGAAAAUAAGGAGGAGGAUUCCAUCGAACUGUCUCACCGACUAGAUGACAUCCGUGCGGAGAUGGAUGAUAUGGGUGAGGUGUACCAUCUCCUGUCCAACAUGGUGAAAGACACGGGCUCAGAACCAUACUUCCUAUCCAUCCUCCAGCACCUGCUGCUCAUCAGGAAUGAUUAUUAUAUCAGGCCUCAGUAUUACAAGGUGAUUGAGGAGUCUGUGUCCCAGAUCGUCCUCCACCGUAGUGGGAUGGACCCUGAUUUCGCCUACAGGGAGCGACUGGAUGUGGACUUCAGUCAUCUCAUUGAUCAGUGCGUGGAUAAAGCCAAAGUGGAAGAGAGCGAGCAGAGAGCGGCUGAAUUCUCCAAAAAGUUCGACGAGGAGUUCAGUGCACGGCAGGAGGCGAAGGCUGAGCUGCAGAAGCAGGAGGAGAAAAUCAAGGAGCUAGAGUCUCAGAUCAACACCCUGCAGGCCCAGUUGACUAGUGAGAGAGACAAGCUAAGAGAGGCAGAGAAAAGCAUCAGCGAAAGAAACAGCAAGGUUGCGGUGGGACCUGGAGCAGCUGGUUCUGUUCCUCCACCACCACCACCAGCGGGGGGAAUUGCACCUCCGCCUCCGCCUCCUCCACCACCACCAAGUGGAGACAUUCCACCUCCUCCGCCUCCUCCUUGUCCUGCAUCUCUGGGACCUCCACCUCCACCACCUCCACCUGGCUUCGGACCUCCACCACCUCCGGGAAUGCCUUUGGCUCCUCCUCCACUCAUUGUCCAGCUGCCUUAUGGACUUGUGCCCAAGAAGACCUACAAACCUGAGAGCGUCAUGAAGCGGGUGAACUGGUCCAAGAUAGUGCCUCAGGAGAUGGCGGAAAAUUGCUUUUGGCUCAAAGUCAAAGAGGAGCGGUUUGAGAACCCGGACAUGUUCAGCCAGCUUUCACUGUCCUUCUCUUCUAAAUCCAGAGUGAAAAAGGACGUGGAAGAAACAGAUGACAGGAUGACACAAUUCAAGAAAAAAGCGAAAGAGCUGCGAAUUCUGGAUGCCAAGACAGCCCAGAAUCUGUCAAUUUUCCUGGGAUCAUUCCGGCUGCCUUAUGAAGAGAUCCGGGAUAUCGUGCUGCAGGUGGAUGAGGAGAGGCUAAGUGAAGCACUAAUCCAGAACCUGAUCAAAAACCUUCCUGAGCAGAAGGAGCUGAGCAAUCUGGCCGAGCUAAAGAACGAAUAUGAGGAGCUUUGUGAAUCGGAGCAGUUUGGAAUAGUGAUGAGCUCAGUCAAGAUGCUCCGUCCCCGACUGAACGGUAUCCUAUUCAAGCUGACAUUUGAGGAGCAAGUGAACAACAUCCGGCCCGACAUCAUGAACGUGACAUUUGCAUGCGAGGAGGUGAAGAAGAGUGAAGGUUUCAGUAUGCUCCUAGAACUGGUGCUGCUAGUCGGGAAUUACAUGAACUCUGGCUCCAGAAACGCUCAGACAUUCGGCUUCAACGUCAGCUUCCUCUGCAAGCUUCGUGACACCAAGUCAACAGACCAGAAUACAACUCUUCUGCACUUUCUGGCCGAGAAAUGUGAAGAAAAGCAUCCUGAGGUCCUGAAGUUCCCUGAUGAGCUUGAGCAUGUUGAAAGUGCCAGCAAGUUAUCUGCCCAGAUCCUGAAAGCCAGCCUGGACACAAUGGAACGGCAUAUUCAGAGACUGGAGAGCGACAUCCAGAACUUCCCCAAGACUGAUGACAAGCAGGAUAAGUUUGUUGAAAAAAUGUCGGGCUUCUCCAAGCAUUCACGAGAGCAGUACGAGAAGCUCUCCACCAUGCACAAGAACAUGCAGAAGCUGUACGAGAGCCUUGGGAGCUACUUCGCCUUCGACCCCCACACCGUCAGCAUUGAGGACUUCUUCGGAGACCUGGCUAACUUCCGCAACCUCUUCAUGGAUGCUGUGCGGGAGAAUCACAAGAAGAGGGAGACGGAGGAGAAGAUCAAGAGAGCCAAGCUGGCAAAGGAGAAAGCUGAGCGAGAGAAACUAGAGAGACAGCAGAAGAAGAAACAGCUGAUUGACAUGAACAAAGAAGGUGACGAGACGGGGGUGAUGGACAGUCUGAUGGAAGCCUUGCAGUCUGGAGCAGCCUUCCGUGACCGCAGGAAACGAACCCCACGCAAUGGUGAUCAAAGUCCUUCCUGUUCUGCACCUCGGUGGCCGGGUGCUAACCAUGACAACCGUCGCACUGGUUUGGAAAGAUCCCGUUCGCGCCACAAUGCAAACCCUAUGGUCCGAUGAUCGCUUGCCGGCUAAGGACGUUUGCCAAGUGCCAAAGACCCAAGAGUGGGGACAACACUGAGGAGGGCUGAAGAGGAAUGGAGAGAGAGCCCUUCUGCAUUCGCAUACAUCCACAUCCACACGUACAUGCAUACAGAGCGCAGAACAAACCUCAAGAUGUGCGUCACAGCUCCAGACACUUCAUCACAGGAUUACUUGACCCUCACUUCUCUCUGAAGCCUUAUAUACUACAUGCUCUUUGUGCAUUGGGCCUAUUCAAUUUAGUGGUGUUUGUUUGUUUGUUUGUUAUUUUCAUGAUUACGCCGGUUCUGUUUAUAUCUCAGCGCAUCUCACCAAGCUAACUCCCCUGAUCUGCCUCACGUCCACCUCGCUAUCUGCAAACAAUCAAUGAUUGGCUGCGGUUUGAUCUCUCGCUAUUGGAUUUUUUGACGCACGAACACGCUCUUGUUGACAAAAGGCCAAAAACACCAUAAGGGACUGCGUGAUUCUGUAUGCAUAUCAGCAAAAGAACUUUAUUUGCAGUGUUGAUUGAACAAAACCUUGACUUGAAUGAUUCUGCCUGCCCCCUUUAUUUCUUUUGACUGAAAAAAAAAAGAAUAUUUCCAGUCUGUAAUUCUCACCAUCAGCCAUUUAAUCUCUGAUCACUGCCUCUCUUUAUAUAUUACAGAUCCUAUAUAUGUAGCGAAAUGAAAAAGCUGCUGAUAUUAGCUUCAGUGCUACCAUGUGUACACAUUUGUGCUGUGUAAGAGCUGCCAGUGCCACAAGGUACCUGAGGUGGUUGAAAGAUAUUGCUCUUUAUCUACGGUACACACUUCAAAGAUUCGUAGACGUUUCUCUUGCAAAGUCAAAGGUUUUAUUAAGUGAAUCUGCAGAUAUACGAAUCAAAGAGAUGCCAUUCAUUUCAGUUUUCAAACAUGUUACAGGUUUUCUUCGUGAUUUCUUGGUAAGUCACUGUGCUUUUAGCUUUUAGCCCUCUUGUAGAAGAGAAUUUUAGUGAACUGUAGCUUAGUGUUUUUUCAAGACCCACUGGUCAUCUUUAAGAGCUCUCUCACUGGCCUGCCACAUUUACCUCUCCAUCUCAGCACUGAAAACUGUCCAAAACAUUACAAAGAAGUGUAUUUAUCAGAUUUAGUUUCAAAGCUUGUCUUUCACAAUUUGCAAAAUAUGUAUUUAUUCAGUUUGCCAGAUUUCGCCCGAAGCCUUUUAUAUGUGAACAUUAACCCGAUUCUAGUGAGGAGUCCUUUUGGAUAUGAGGAUGUUCAGCCGUAGACGGUGACAGUGAGGCGAUGUUCACAACAUGGUGGCUGUCUUCAUGUGAAAACCAUUAGUGAAAUCUUUCCGCCUUCUCCCCUCACUCUUGCUUGUGGCAUGAGUAGUCAUUUUCCAUAAUGUUUUCUCCCCCCCCAUGUCCAUAACACCGCAGGCAACAGUCUCUUAUGGGUGACUGGAGUCAUACUGACUCAUACUGGUACAUGCCAUGCUGAAAUCUUCUGCAUUUGUAAAUGAGGGGAAACUGUUAAGUCUGAGCCACCAAUGCAAGCGUAUAGAGUACAGAACACAGUACUGUUAAACAAACCACUGUUAGUCAGGCUUUCUCCUCACACUGUGUUUGUCAUACACUCUCUCAGGAGAGAGAGGAAAGGUCGAGAUGCAGCAAAUCGCAAUCCAUUGAUUUGCUUUUCUAAUUAAAACUGCCCUUUGAAUGGUUUCCAACACCACACAACAGAAGCUGUGCUCGGCUCUCAUGGCUCUCACUAUUGGUUAUUUUAAACUCAUGUUAAUGGUAAUUACAGCAUCCACACACUGUCAGUGCAGACACCUCCGACAUGCAUUGUUAUUUCCCAGUCAGACUCUAGUUACAUAUAUUAUGUGACUGGCAGAGGCACUGGCACAAGAGAAUUUGUAAUCUUUUUUGGGUAGAAAUAUAGUUGUUUUUUUGUUUUGUUUUUUAUAGGGCCUGGUUUUGAAUAAUGUGCCAAACUUUCAUGAGGUAAAAAGUUACUAUACUGAGAUUUCAUACGAUGAUUAUGAAAAUGAAUGAAAAACGGAGGAUUUUCAUUUAAAUCACACUAAGAUUUUCAAUAUGAAAGUAAAGUGAUGAAUCGCAACUAGCAACCACUCAGACUCUGAAGAGAUGUAGGGCUUAGGGAUGUCAUCAUUUUUACAACGCUAAUAUCAAAUGUUCAUGAAAUUCUCUUCAAAGUUGUGUAAUUUAUAGAUUUUUUCCCCCCUCUUUCCUAAGAAAACAUUGUUUUUUACCAGUGAUCUUCCUCUCCAUCUGUGAUAUUGGUGUUAAACUUGUGUAUUACUAUAGGCUAAUAUAUAUGUGUUGUGCAUUUGAUAGAGAGUAUAUCCUAAUGCAGGUUAGAGUCUGCAGGUGACUGACUGUGUAACAUUGUAAGUCAGAUCCAGUAUUUUAAUUGGAUGUUAGGCAGAGACCAGAAGCAGGCAAGAACAUAUGAAGUUACUAGUGCCAAUUUGGGUCCUCUGCUGCCUCAUUUGUUCACAUUUGUUCAAUAUUCUCGGUUCAGAUUGUAUGAUGGUGCACUUUAACUUGUUAAAUAUAGACCUGGAGCGAUCUUUUAAUUUGUGAUUUCUUUGCAUAUCAUUGCCAAAAUAGACUGCUUGCAUGUACGGUAACCAUUCUUGACAAGUGAUUCAAUCUCCAUUCUCUCCAAAGCCUCCUCUAGUUCUCUCUUAUUCCCUCACAUUAUAAUUGGCACUUGGAACAAGAUCAAAGUUAAAUGGGUGAAAACAACUGCAACUGUCUCAGGACAUUGUUUUUAUUUUUUAGGUAAUGUAAGACUCCAUAGCCCUGCCUUCUUUUUUUUUUUUUUUCCUUGACAUUGUGUUUAUUGUCUUAUAAGCAAUUUAUAUUUGUAACAUCUUUUAAGUUUAUUUUUAUCUGACUAAAAAAAAAAAAAAAAAAGUGAAAAUGGUUAUGCACACUGUUCCCAAGUAUGUAACAGAAUAUCAUACUAAAUAAUAACCACUUUCUCCAAAAAAAAAAAAAAGUGUCUCUUUUAUUUCCAUAAUGAGUUAUGAAUUAUGCCUUCUUUUGAUGCAGACUCACGCUGUGUCCUAACCAGCCCCUAAAGCACUAAACGCUGGAAUGGUUUUAU